AUAUACUCUCUCUCUCUGCCAGGGGUUUGGGGGCUCACAAGAACCGUCAAUUUAGCCCAACAGAGGCGGGUUCGUCGUCGCCGACUCAGCUUCUGCUCGCCAGCAGCUAGCUGUCGCCGCCGCCGCCGCCGCCACCGACGAGGAGGAGAUCGGUUGGAGUCGGAGAGGAAGAUGAGCUUCUUUGGCCGCGGCAGCAGAAACCAGCAAAGAACCUUCAGGCCAAAGAAGAGCGCGCCGUCCGGGAACAAGGGGAUGCAGCUGAAAAGGCACAUCGAUGCCACCCUCGGCAGUGGUAACCUGCGAGAGGCGGUCCGUCUGCCCAUCGGGGAGGACCUCAACGAGUGGCUCGCUGUCAACACUGUUGACUUCUUCAACCAAGUGAACAUUCUGUACGGCACCCUGAUGGAGUUUUGCACGCCAGCGACAUGCCCGACCAUGUCAGCCGGACCAAGUUACGAGUACAGGUGGGCUGAUGGAGCCAAGAUCAAGAGGCCAAUCGAGGUGUCUGCACCGAAGUACGUGGAGUACCUCAUGGACUGGAUAGAAACCCAGCUCGACGAAGAAACCAUAUUCCCUCAAAAGCUCGGGGCUCCUUUCCCUCCCAACUUCCGUGAUGUCGUCAAGACAAUCUUCAAGCGCCUCUUCAGGGUGUACGCACACAUAUACCACUCCCACUUUCAGAUGAUUGUGAAGCUCAAGGAAGAGGCACAUCUCAACACUUGCUUCAAGCACUUCACACUCUUCACAUUGGAGUUCCGGCUGAUCGAUAGGGCAGAGCUGGCUCCCCUCAACGAGUUGAUUGAGCCCAUAAUACUUGGUUAUUAACCAGAGAGAGACUUUGAUUUGCCGAGAUUUUUUUCCCCUCUCCUUCUAAUUUGGUCAUUUCGGAUGGAACAUCUCCAUCUACAUUUUGGAAGCAUAGGCUAGUGGUUUCGCUACUCUGCCACGGAUGUAUGUGUUCCUUAGCAGUAGGAGGCAGCUGUUGAUCGCAACUUUUUCAGUGAAAAUGGAGUGUUGUUUGAUCAGAGUCA